AUGAGUCAAGCAGUCGGCGAAAACACCAGAAUAAGAGGCAGAGCGGGUCUAGCAGCCAUCAGAGAGGCAGUCAGCAACAAAGCCGAAGUGGGAAGAGCACUGGAUAUGGUGGCGGAAGUCAAAGUCAUCGAAGCCAGGGAGAUGUAUGGUAAAGAGUCUAGAAGUGCAAGAGACGAAGAGUGGGAGGCUGAGCAGCGUCGAAAUCAAGUCGCAUUCUGGGCUAGAGAAUCAACUCGAGGACACGAUAGGGCAAGCUCUCAGGGAGUUGGUGGUCAGGGAAGUCAGGACGGCCAGAAUCCAGAUGAUAGAGUUUCCUCUCUUCACGAAAAUGGCGAUGGGGGGGUUGAUGCCAGGCCUCCACCCUCCAAUGCGUCGAAAAGGAAAUACAAGCGUACGCGUGAAGAUGCCGAAGUCGCACAAGUUUCGUGCCACAAGAAAGAGACUAGAAGCGACGUAGAACACAGAAAGGCUGCUGUUCUUUUCAGAGCCACGAGCAGAAGACAACAUGCCGAAGACACAAGGCUUGGCUACCAAAGCGAGGAUGGCCUGAUUCGAUCUUUUUUUGCUUCAUUCGAUGGCUUCUAA